CCACCGAGCUUGCGAUAUAUACUCGUAUUUUUGGGGCUUGGAGCGCGCCUGGAUAUACGUACGUGUUUGCUGGAUACCGAUUUUUUUCCCUCGCCUUACCGAUCAUCCUUGGUUGGGCUGCCCCUAAAAGGAGGAGGAACGAUCGUCGAGCGUAAAUCUGCUGGGGAGCUUUUUCCAAGAUGCUGUCCAAGGCUGCGCUUCUGCUCGCUUUCGCGAUCGUCGUCGUUUUCGGAUAUUCCGACGAUUACAACAGCAACCACCGAAUGAUGGCCAACGAGAACCAGACGGCCGUGUUUUGCUACAUCAACGGUAGUAGGCUGGAGAACCAGGCUCGCCGGAAUCCCUACCAGAACAACUAUUUCAGCAUCGAGCACGUCAAGGUCGACCUUUGCACGCACUUGGUCUAUGGCGCAGCUGUCCUCGAGCCGAACCAAUGGACCAUCCGAGCCAUCAACCAGGACAUGGAGCAAGGCAGAAGUGGCAAUAAAAUAUCUUUCGACGAAAUUACAGAGCUUGCGCGCCGCAAGAGUAAUCUACAGAUAUUGAUAUCGGUGAGCGGCUCGCCCAUCGAUUUCUCCAACAUGGCGAGAUCCCACCGCGAGCAUUUCGCCAAAAAUGCCAAAGAAUUCCUCAGGCGGCACAAGUUCGACGGUAUGAACAUCGAUUGGCAGUACCCGACCAGAAGGGGCGGCAAACCGGAGGACAAACAAAACUUUGGCCUCCUGAUGAAGGAGCUGAAAAUAGCGUUCAGGGAUGACGCCAAGGUCCUUACGGCUAGCCUGUCGCCGCUCAGGCAGAACGUGAUCGAGGGCUACGACUACGUGGACAACGUGAUGAUGGACUCGGUCGACUACUGGUUCGUCAUGGCUUUCGAGUACUACGGGCACUGGUCCAACCGCAUCGGGGCCAACGCUCCCAUCCGCGGCCGUGAGCGUCUCGGCGUGGAGAAGACGAUAAGCGACGCGAAGCAGUUGUUCCAGCACCAUUCGUACAAGUUGGUGCUCGUCGUGCCGUUUUACGGGAAAAAGUACCAGCUGAAGGAGGAACUGCGGGGCGAGGAGAGCCCGAUAAACAAGGACUACGUGAACCUGCACGCCCCGUCCGAGAACGUGGUACUGUCGUAUCGCGACGUUUGCCAAAAGAUGAGCAACGAGCACGGCUGGAGACGAGGCUGGGACGAGGACGCCAAGGUGCCAUUUAUCGUCAAGGACAUGGCGGCCAUCGUCUACGAGGACGCGCAAUCUGUCAAGGAAAAGACGAGCUUGGCCCUGCGCCAGAGGCUGGGUGGCGUGAUGGCCUUCAGCUUGGACAUGGACGACUACAUAGGGGACUGCAGCAACGACGGGAGACGAGGGGUCAGCGACAACUACAAUUACAACCGGCGCGACGGGAACAACCGAAACUACCCGCUGCUCCAGUCGAUGUACGAGACCGUGGAACGCGGCCCGAACUCUGCUGGGCUCACUUCGGCGUCGAUCCUCUUUGUGCUGGUCAACGCGAUCUUUGCCCUUCGCUUCAUGACCCACAACUAAGGGAAAACCCACCAAUUAUAGAUCAUCGGGUUGUGCGAUUGUGUGUUUUCUUCUUUUUUUUUUUAAUAGGGGAGAGGAUACAUCGGUAUAUAUAGGCCCUCAGUCCGCACGUCCACACAAACCUAUACAUACAUAUACCCAUAUUGAGAUGAUUAAUCAUAUUGUUCCUCGGAUCAGAGAAAAUAAACAUGGUUACGACCAUUGAUUGCUGAGCGGGUGCACGUUAUCACUGAGUUCGGUGCAAAUCAAUUGUGGGAGAAAUUUUUUUUUUUUUU